CUCGGUCGUCCUGGAUGUUGCCUCCGGGUCUCGUCGCUGUCCCUUCUCCAGCUUCACGUUUUCCUCUUUGGGCUGCUGUCUGUCUUCAGUGAGACAUGAUCCAUUAUAGCUGCCUAUCCAAGCCCUUUCCCUUGACUCCCUCCGCCGCCCUGAUCCCCUCUCGUCUGUCGAGCUAGCGCCGUAUUGUCCGACCCAGAAAGCCAAGUUCCAGACAGCUUUAACCUAACCUAACCUUCCAUUCCAUUCGAUUCUCUCUUCCCAUGAGCGUUCCAUCUUCCAACGGAACCCAUUCUCUUUGCAUCCCACUAUUUUGAUUCCUUGCAUUUUCGGAUUCGCAAUCCGCGUCCGUCGUCGGUGUUGUAGCAACUUUGUCGACGAAUUUCCGGCAACCCCGAUCCUGCGGCCUGCUCGUCAUCAUCGCUGUCCCCCCCGAGACCGCGAAUACAUACACGACUACCUUUUACUCUUGAGUUGAUCUCAGAUGACGAAUGCCGGCCCUUUCGUCCGCGUCCGUUGAAUUGCUUAUAUACUGGUGAAUCGUUGACCGAUUUACUCAAAAGGGAGAAAGAAAAGCAAGCAUUUGAAUGAGAGACAAACAACCCGAUACCUGUCAACCCCCUUCCCCCUUCAACACACUGAACAAGGAACCGAACAAGAGAAUGUGCUCCAGAAACCUUAACAUAGUAGUUUGUGUGAUACCGUAAGGAGUUUGAAAAUGACCAGACGGAUGCCCUCGCUAGGUAGCCUGGAGGAUCCCGGUAGCUCGAUUGCUAGGACUGGUCAAUGUUCAUCUCUUUUCCCAUCGCGCAUAUUGAAUCGAUCGAGGGAGGAUAUUUCCAAACGAGUCUCAGAGAGAAGCUGGGGGUCGUCGGAGUCAUUGGUUCCUACGGCAAUCGAAGAAACCGACGCAGAGCAAGCGCUCGCGAAACCCCCGGCCGCCAAAUUACCCCCAAUUACUGACGGGGCAGGGAACCAACCGGUCCCUCGUUUCCACCAUAUAUAUCACUCCUCUAGCACCUCUAAAGCUUCUUCUACUCGGACAUCGUCCAGCUCGCUUCAGGCCUUGAACGAGAACACUGUUGUCGACGCCAGAUCCGACUCCAGCCUCCGCACCCGCACCGUUCUCCCCCAGAGAAUGGCUCCUCGUCCUGCAAAAUCGUCAGAGUCCCGUACCUCCCGCACCAACGUGGACGCUGCCUCCCAAGACUACCCUGUUUACCCUGAUCAAUCCUACGCCGUUUUGCAGUCGCAGGUGCACCCCACUUACCAACCGCAAAGUCUCCGCUCCCGCAGUUCUUAUCCUUCACGUAUAGACACAUCUAGUUGGUUUUCUUCGGCACGAAUUUCUCGCACAGCAGGAAAUACCCCUGCAUCGAGUCCCGGGCUAUUCUCUGUGAGGACACCCGCUUCUGCGACUCCCUCCGGUUCUGAAGACGAGAACCGCAUAGGAAGCCCGUAUCUGCAUCCAACCCAUUUACAGCCGCCGAAAGAGACACAUACUGCCGAAGUGGACCGAGACGUCGUGACGGGGAACAAGCUCAUCAAUCAGUAUGAGAUCCUGGAGGAGCUGGGGCGUGGCGAACACGGUAAGGUGAAAUUAGGCCGACAUGUUGUGACUAGACAGCAAGUGGCCAUCAAAAUUGUCCAGCGUUAUUCGAAGCGACGCCGAUUGGGAAAACUAGGGAAUCCAGAGGAUAAGGUCAAGAAGGAAGUCGCUAUUUUGAAGAAGGCGCGACAUCCCAAUGUGGUCAGUCUUCUGGAGGUUAUUGACGAUCCCAAUAGCCAGAAGGUUUAUAUUGUGCUCGAAUACGUCGAAAACGGGGAAAUUAUCUGGCGCAAGAAGGGUCUGCGGGAAAUUGUCCACGUCGACAAGAUUAGAAUUGAGCGCGAGAAGAGCGGCUUGUCAGACACUCCGGCCUUCGUUGAGGAAAGCCUGCAAUAUGUGCGAACUGCCCAACAUCUUCGUCGUCAGCGGGAGAAGGCGCGCGAGCGGCGUCAGGCACAUGCCGCGACUGUCCAGCAGUUUCACAUCCCUGCCUGGAGUUUGGAGCACGGUGGGGAAUCUGACGAUGAACAGGGACCGGAAAUAUCGAUCCCCAACAGACCGGCUAGCCAUGCCUUUAGGAAUGGUCAGGAUGAUACCCAGCAUUCCCCUAGGCAGUCGUUAGUUGCAAGUAGCUUCGACUCUAGUGAGUAUCGGAACGACGACUCCGCUUUGGCCGCCGUCGAAGGUAGCAUGUAUGGGGCGUAUAUCGACCCUCCAUUUGAAAGACGAUUCAGUACGGCUUCGAGUAGCUAUGGCUACGCCCCUUCGGAACCCGAAUGGCCAUCCGACGAUGAUGAUAUGUCCUACGUGCCUUGUCUGACCAUGUCUGAGGCUCGUAGCGCAUUCCGUGAUGCCGUGUUAGGGCUUGAAUACUUGCAUUAUCAAGGGAUUAUUCACCGGGAUAUCAAACCCGCGAAUCUUCUAAUGACCAGCAACCACCGUGUGAAGAUAUCCGACUUUGGAGUCUCCUACCUUGGCCGGCCCAUUAGAGGUGAUAACGAUGAGCAGGAUUUGACGGAAAGGGAUGCCUCUGAGCUUGAUGAUGCGCGAGAACUGUCCAAAACGGUUGGUACGCCUGCUUUCUACGCCCCGGAACUCUGUUACACGGGCGAUGAUUUCGUCGAUUCUAUUGGGGCAGUGCCGAAAAUUACUGGUGCUAUAGAUGUCUGGUCUCUCGGUGUGACUCUUUACGGCAUGAUCUUUGGGCGUCUACCAUUUCUGUCCGACGAUGAAUACAGCAUGUUUCAAAAUAUUGUGAAGAAGGAUGUCUAUAUUCCUCGAAAGCGCUUAAAGCCUAUCGAGCGGAACGACCAACAGGCUCGAGGUGCCAAUAGUGACACGCGACCAGAGGAUGUGCUGGACUAUGAGGAAGUUGACGACGAAUUGUUCGAUCUGCUGAAGCGAAUUUUGACAAAAGAUCCCGUAAAGCGCAUCACAAUAAAGGAGAUCAAGCAUCAUCCCUGGGUUCUCCGCGGCUUGCCCAACCCUAGGGCAUGGGUUGAAGAAACUGAUCCCGCCUACCAAAGCAAGGGCAAGAGGAUCGAAGUUUCGGAGGAGGAAGUCACUACAGCUGUUAGCAAAGUGCCCUUCAUCGAACGAGUUCGUUCCAACGUAGCGAAAUGGUCUACUUAUCUAACCGGACGGACAAAAGACAAAAUCAAAGACAAAGACAUCCGUAAGCGAACCCAUAGUGCGUCGCCUUCGGCUGAUCUGCGUCGCUCCUCCACAAAAAGCUUAUGGGAGGGCCGUCGCUUUAGUUUGAAAGGGGACGAGGAGAUGACUUGGCGGCCCAAGGCAUCAAAAGAAGGAGAGCAUCCGCUUGCCCAAAGCGUCACGGCAAGUCCUGUGGAGCAAGAGGAGAAAUCUUCUUAUUUCGAUUCAGAUGUUUAUCAUGGACCACGUCGACAAACCCCACAGACCGGUCCCUCCAUUCGUCCAACAUCCACAUUGUCCACUGCAGAAUCCACGAAGACGGUAAGGCCACCCGACUCCGAAGUACCACACAGCAUACAUCUCCCUACUGGCCCAGUCUCCCCUGGCCUUGGCAGUCUCUUUGGCGGAGCAGGAAACCGGCCAGCAAGAGGACUCCAGACGGGUCAGCCGUAUGCCGAAAGGCCACCUUCGGACGAGACAACGUCUCUAAGGGAAAAUCGCCACUCUGGGCCCAGCCUUGCCCUAAGCGUGACCCCUGCAGUCGGCCAGGUUGAAAAUGCUGCUCUGUGGCGGGAGGGUGAAUAUCCGCCAAUGCAAGCAGCGCUGUCUGCCAAACCGGAAUACAAACGUAGUCGGUCCGAUCAACCUUCUUGCGAGUCCUCCGCUGAAUCAUUUUACCUCACCAAGGAUGCUUUACUACGCCAAAGACAGCAUGACCUGGAUUCAAAUACUGACGGUGGUAAUGUGUCAUCCAGAGUUGAAGGCGAUAUGUAUUCAAAUGGCAUGACCAGCUCACGACGAGUGACACCCAAGGCAGUCGACUGUUCUCCGGCUGGUACACGGUCGGAUUCACCCGGUCUUACCACGUCUCCUCCCUCCGCAGCUACCAUCUCUUCUUCCUCCAUCGAUGACUACGCAAGUGGACUAUCUCAAAGUGCAUCUCAUCCAAGUGUGCCCUCAAAGGCCUCGUCCCUUUCAGGUGAUUUAUGUCAUGCAUCAGAGCCCAAAGACAGAGAAAAGGAUCAUGAUCCAUCCGUCCGGAUAGUCACCAACAUUCAGAUGCGUGAGACUUCUAGAGCCCAAGAAUUCUGUCCGGACAGGCAAGGGAAAGAUGACGAGUUACGGUACUUCGACGAUGACGAAGACGAGUCGGAGGACGAAGGAAUCAUCAUGUUGAGAAAGCGGCCUUCUCAUCGCAAAAAGAAACUGAACGCGUGAUCUAUUUCUUCCUGCUUUGCGGCUCUUUAUAUUGAUAUCUCCUUCCGUGGUUGCUAUAAUCGGACUGUCCAUUGUAUAUAUGCGGAAUUCGACUCGGGCAUGAGACAUCGCAAAGCCCUGACAUCCCUUAACCGUCGAGCUGUGACUACUUUGUGCCAUCCUUGGGCAAGUUUCCAUAACCAACCUCCUCUCUCCAUCAACCUCCAAUCAUCUCCGGUUUUCCCGAUGUCCUAUUUAUAGAGGAUUGGCGCUAUUUCGCUUACGGGUUUAUAAGUGGUGUUAAAAGAGGACGCUAUUCUCGCUUCUUUAUAUUUCUCGCUUCCACUACAAGUUUUUAAUUACUUCCACUCCCAUCCGACUUGAAUGCAGAGGCGAUAGAUUCUAUUCGGAUCUCGCGGCACUAUAGCUCCUAACUACUUGCGACGGGGAAUACCAUUUCCGGUCGCCAUGUGUAUCACUUGAGUACUAUACUAUUAUUUGCUUCACCGGCUUCAUUUCACCUCGUCAAGGGGAAACAAUUGAUUUUUUUCGGCUGUUAGACUUUGCGUUGGCAUGCAUUUAUACAUUGCCUGUACAUAUACGCAGUGGCAUUGGCGGCUCUUUUAUGCGCCUUGCGAGGUGGGUUGUAUCUUGAACCAAGGCGUUGGCUAGGUCUUUGGAGCUCUUGGAAGGCGUUUGGCAUUGCUUAUGUCUCCCCCAUGGGGAGUUGAUUGUUCUAUCAUUUUCUUCUGUCAUCCAGGCGAUCUUCCUCGGAAGCUAUACGCAAGGCUUGUUUACCCUUUUCAUUUUCCCAUUAUUAACUAUUAUUAUUACGUUUUUUUUUUUUUUUUUGUUUAUUAUUUUAUUUUCUUUCCCCUCAUUUUCGAGUUUGGGUGACUGUAUUGUCCGGGAUCAUAUUUCGCUCUCAUUCGGCCAUGUAUGCCAUAGCGUUGACGGUUGGCGAUGGGGCAUUAUGUGGCAUGAUGAACAUGGCUAACACGGGCACACCCAUGGCGAUCUUCUGCUCAGAACCUGGCAAGAUGAUAUAAAUAGACUUAAUGAGAUGCUUCAACUGCCCGGUUUUCUACAUAGUUUGGGUUCGCCCAAGAUGUCAUGUGGCGGACGGUUGAUGGCUUCCUGCACACAGCCACUCGCACGUCACUAUGCAUUUGACCUGACAGAUAAUAUCUGAAUCUCCGACUGGAAACCUUCGGGGGUUCCUGACACCUGUACAGCGCAGUAAGCCCUCAUUCCCACGGAUCGUGGUGACGGAGAGGCUGUGCCUGAACUGCAUACUAAGUACAUAGUACACACGACGGGGGAUGCACCGCUUGAAGUCCCGAGGGUAACUGAGAAGUCGGUGCGACGCAUCUAUCUAGCCGUACAUGCGUCGAAGACCAGCUCCUAUGGGGAUGUAUGACAGGAACAGCCCAUGUGCGUAGUACUCGGUAAACAAUGGCCUGUCCAUUCAGGAGCAUGCAUGGCAUGGAUUCUAUUGGAAGCAGCCAUGACGAU